GCAAGUGGGCAGAUCGGGGAAAUUACUUUCUACAUGUUUAUCUUGUAAAGUGGAAGUAGAAAGAAGUGUUGGAUUUGUGAGACUGAGGAUACUGGUCUCAGUGAAUCACCAGCGUCCGUGAUAGGAGGAAAAGGAGUCAGAGUGAGAGCUCCUGCCGCCCCUGCUCUCUGUGGUGUAACCGGAUCAGGGCAGAGCAGAGGGAUGUACAGGAGAGCUGUUUGCUUCCAAAUGAGCCAAUGAGACCGGCUUUACAUUAGACUGACAGCCUGACUCGACGAGCCCGGAGCCGCCGUUCUUGUUUAGCAACUAUCCGACAGCCAAUACGGAUGGGAACAGAGGGAAGAAUCAAAAUACGAAUUUGUCUUCCGGUAGGUCAAAACGUUACCUGCCACCUUUAUCACUGUGGACCCUGUUUGAGAAAGAGAGCAGUACCUGUUGCAGCAAUGGCGCUGUCCCAGUGUCUGGACGACUCACCUCUUAGGUUGCGUCUAAAACACAUCCGGGCCGACGACGUGAACCCGCAGGAGGUGUACAACGAGAGACACCGGCUGGCCCUGGAGGAGCUGCUGUCAGGCGGGCUCGACAACUUCCUGGACUUCCUCAGGAAAGAGAAGAUCCCCAACUUUCUGUCUGACGAUGAGAUCCAGCGGAUCAGGAGCGCCACCGUGCCUCCUCCGUACGUGUCCCUCCACGGGGAGGACCAGGGGCUGGAGCAGUCGCUCAGCAGCUCCCUGGACUGCUCCUCAGUCACCUACUUCCCCGAGGUAUCUGACGUGGAGCCGCCGAUGCUGGAGAUGGGCUGGCCCGCGUUCACCGCGGGGUCGUACCGGGGAGUCACGCGGGCCGUGGCGCACUUCCAGCCCAGCUACGGGGAGUGCAUCUACAGCUGCAAGGAGGCAGCGAGGAGGAUGAUUAAAAGUGCAAGAGAGGUGAUUGCCAUAGUUACAGACUCCCUGACAGACCUGGAUAUCUUUAAGGAUCUUCAGGAGGCAUGCUCCCAACGUAGAGUCCCUGUCUACAUCCUGCUCGAACAAUCAUGCGCUGCUGCUUUCCUCAAGAUGUGCAGAAAUGUCAGCGUUCGUCUGGAUGACCUUCGGCAAAUGAGAGUGCGAACCGUAGCUGGUAUGACUUAUUACAUGAGAUCAGGAGCGAGGAUCACUGGGAAAGUUCAUGAGAGGUUCAUGCUGAUUGAUGGGAACAGAGUGGCCACAGGUUCAUAUAGGUUCAACUGGACAGAUGGCAAGCUGAAUAGCAGCAACCUGAUCGAGCUGUCUGGCCAGAUAACAGAGAAGUUUGACGAGGAGUUCCGCGUCCUCUACGCCCAGUCUCUACCUAUAAACCCUCGAGGACCUCUAGGUGUCUGCAACAGCGGCAUUUAUGAGCACCCCCUCAACAAAGACUCAGUCACCAUCUCCCCUCAUCUGGCCAGACAGAGGCCUGUGGAGCCUGUGCGUCUGACCAGCACGCCUAGCCACAAGCCCCUUACCUUAGCAGUGGAGCUUCCAUGCGCACCCUCUACUCCAAAUUGUCAAAAAAUGGGCCCAGAGUCUGACUCCUCCACCAUAGGUGAAGACUGGAUGGAGCAGCAGCACAUGCAGGAGGAGAUCCUGGCUAGCAGUGCCACACAGUGUUUCUCCACAGAGCAGCUAGCAGAGACCCCCAGUACUGUCUCCUGCCAUGCCUCAACGCAGACAAGCUGGUCAGCGAUGGACAGUGACACCCAGACUGACCCUCAGCUCACACAACCCAUUAUCGCUCUGACAAGCACAGGACCAAACCAGGACCCCUCUCCCUCCUUUGUGUCUUCCAGGCAGAUCUCGGCCACCCAGGCGGCUCCAGACGAGACCUUGAAGGACUGUUUCCACAAGCUGUCCAAAGAGCGCCAGUACCACUACACCACCAUCCGCUCCAAGCUGGAACACAUUGUGAGCACCCUUUCUCAGAGGCAAGAGCUAGCGGAUGUCACCAACAUGACUCAGGGGCUUGGUGCUCACAGCAGGCACAGGGUUCAUAAAGACUGUGAGCAGGAACCAAACCCCCGACUGCUUAUUGAAAAUGCAGGCAUGGGCACAUGGCCGAGAGCCAGAUGUAUACACUAGCUUGUCUACAGGGAUUUCAGUGUUGGAGGGUAGUGGAAGAAUAACGGUUCUUCUGUUUCAGAUAAAUAAACUGCUCAAAAAACGUAAGGGAACACUUGAUCAUUACUGUAUGACUGUAAGCACUAGUGACUGUGAAUCAGUUUCAGGAACAGGUGCAAUCGAGCAGCAAAAGCAGGACAACCCCCACAAAGGGAAUGGUUUUACAUGUGGCAGCCAGAGACAAAUGCCCUCUCCUGAUCCUUUCUGACUGAUUCUUCUCAAGUUUUGUGUUUUGCUCGUGUCCUUGUCACUACUGGUAGCAUGAGGCAGUACCUGC